UUAGAAAAAAAGAAAAAACAACCGACCAAGAAAAGAACCUCCUUUUCCACAAAGGAAAAAGAGAGGACGGAGGGGGAGUAGUUUGGUUCCUCGGAAUCUCUCUCUCUCUCUCUCUCUCCCCCCCCUCUUUCUCUUCUGUAUGUUCUUGUAAAACUUUCCCGAGAAAACACCAGAAAAGCAAACGGAAAGCGAAGAAAAUUAAUUUUGGGAAGAGAAAAGAAGAAAAGGAAAAGGAAAAGAACUCUGAAAUUUCAUUAGAGCUUUUAUUAAAUUAGAAAAAAAUCGUAAAUUUCUGGGGUAUUAUGGAGUUGGAUGGUUUCGGGUGUGUGUCAUCAUCUGAUGGGUUGGACGAGGAUGAGAUCCGUCAUCACCAUCCUCAUCAUCACCACCAUCAAUUUUCUUCAUCAAAGCCUCACAACGCCACCGCCAAUAACAAUAAUAAUAAUAAUAAUAGCGUCAAUAAUGUCGUCGGUUCAACUGCAAUCGCUCCAGCCACCAAUGUUCAUGAGUUACUAGAAUGCCCUGUAUGCACCAAUUCCAUGUACCCACCAAUCCACCAGUGUCAUAAUGGGCACACACUUUGUUCCACCUGUAAAACAAGGGUACACAAUAGGUGCCCCACUUGUCGACAGGAGCUCGGAGAUAUUAGGUGUUUAGCACUAGAGAAGGUGGCUGAGUCACUUGAAUUACCAUGCAAAUAUUGUAGCUUGGGUUGUCCGGAGAUAUUUCCAUAUUACAGUAAACUUAAGCAUGAGGUAGUUUGCAACUUCAGGCCAUAUAAUUGUCCAUAUGCUGGAUCAGAAUGCUCUACUGUUGGAGAUAUUCCUUUCCUAGUUUCUCACUUGAGGGACGAUCACAAGGUGGACAUGCACACAGGAUGCACUUUCAAUCAUCGUUAUGUGAAGUCAAAUCCCCGUGAGGUGGAGAACGCAACUUGGAUGCUGACGGUGUUUCAUUGUUUUGGCCAAUACUUCUGCCUGCACUUUGAAGCGUUCCAGCUUGGCAUGGCCCCUGUUUACAUGGCAUUCCUUCGUUUCAUGGGUGAUGAGACAGAGGCUCGUAGUUAUAGCUAUAGCCUUGAGGUUGGAGCCAAUGGCAGGAAACUCAUUUGGGAGGGUUCUCCAAGAAGCAUCCGAGAUAGCCAUCAAAAGGUGAGGGAUAGUCAUGACGGUCUCAUUAUUCAACGAAAUAUGGCACUUUUCUUUUCUGGAGGUGAUAGGAAAGAGCUAAAGCUCAGAGUUACUGGAAGGAUAUGGAAGGAACAACAAAAUCCUGAAGCUAGUGUUUGCAUGCCAAACCUCUGUAGCUAAAGCAAGUGAUUUUGAAACAUUUCAAGGUUUGUGUUUGAGACCAUUUUUUGUUCUGGAAACCUAAGCUUGACGGCCAAAAUCAUUAGAAUGCCAAGUUGCUUGCAUA